AUGUCAAUUGGCCAAUAUUCAGAUUCUGCGUCGCUCCCUCCCUCCAAGGAGCAUGUGGAUCCCGGAGACACCGAUCCUGACGCGGAAUUUGGUGGCCUAGCGGCACGUAAACAACUGGAGCGCAAACUCGUGCGGAAACUUGACCUCCGCAUGUCGAUCCUGGUACUUAUCUACAUCCUCAAUUAUGUCGAUAGAAAUAAUGCUGGCAAAAGUGCCGCACGCUCCCGAGGGCUCGUUGCUGACCUUCAUCUCACUGAUCAGCAAUUUGCGACGUUGUUGUCCAUUCUCUAUGUCGGAUACAUUAUUAUGCAGAUCCCGUCUAAUAUGUUUCUUAACUUCACCGGCAAGCCGUCACUUUAUUUGUCUGCUUGUAUGGCCGUUUGGGGUGUGAUGUCGGCACUGACUGGAAUCACGACCAAUUUUACCGGAGCCGUCUUAACGCGUUUCUUUCUUGGCUUCGUAGAAGCAGCCUUUUUCCCUGGUGCCCUAUUUUUAAUUUCCAAGUGGUUCAGAACAGAGAUAGGUUUCAGAACUGCAAUUCUCUACUGCGGAAACAUCGUUAGCAAUGCCUUUGGGGCGCUCCUAGCAUCAGGCAUUCUUGGUGGCAUGAACAAUGUCCUCGGACACGCCGCAUGGAGGUGGCUUUUCUAUCUCGAAGGAUCUCUUACUGUCUUUGUCGCAAUCUGUGCCAUCUUUAUUUUACCAGACUUUCCAUCAACGACGAAGUGGCUGUCUGAUGAUGAGCGUCGACUUGCAUUGAGGCGUAUGGAGGAGGAUGCAGGUGUCGGUGACCAGAAAGAAACCGAGCAGGGUGGCCUCACUUACGGUCUUUACCUCGCUGUUACCGACUGGACAGUGUGGUGGUUCGUGAUGGCAAUGAAUGCAAUAGUGAUAUCAUUAUCCUUCAAUGCGUACUUCCCCACUCUUAGUGCGACACUUGGGUACAACCCAACAGUGUCACUGCUCCUUGUUGCCCCUCCGUUCGUCUUUGCGGUCAUUGUCGCAUUCUGUCUGUCCAGGCACUCUGAUUGCAAGCAAGAACGCUUCUACCAUAUUAUUGGUUCAUGGAUUGUCGGUAUUAUUGGGUUCAUUAUUGCAAUAAGCACCAUGAACACGGCAGCGCGAUACGUGUCCCUGUUCCUCAUGGCGCAAACACGUGCGGUAUGUGUGGCGAUCAUCAACGGAUUUUCGCAACUCGGGAAUGUUGCAGGGUCGUACAUUUGGCCUUCGAGUUGGGGCCCUACCUAUCGAUUCUCAUACGGUAUCUGCAUUGCGAGUGGCGGUACCGCGAUCAUAAUGGUCUGGGUUUUCAAACAGCAUCUUAUAUCAUUGAACAAAAAACUGGAGCGUGAAGAGCAGGAGAAGGGAAUCAAGGAAAAAGGAUUCCGAUACCUUCUGUGA